UCAUGCAAGUAGACAAAGUGAUGAGCGGUUAGAAAACUCCGCUUCUGGGUAACGCCCACACACACAGAAACACACAUAUAACAACUGCUACUUGUCUUAAGAUUAAUCAAGAUCAAGAAGAGCUAGCUGUCUCAACACUCAAUAUGGCCACUCUCUCACUUUCCUCAUCUUCUUCCCUCCACUCCUUCACCACCCCUUCUUCCAAGCUCACCAUCCCCUCAUCUCCGUCCCUCUCUUUCUCUCCUUCCCACUCUCUCUCCUCCUCUCUCUCCAUCUCCUCAUCUUCUCUCUUCUUUGGCCCUUCAAGACACAAUAAUGCCUCAAGGUGCAUUUCCUCUUUCGCUGCAUUCAGUGUCAAGGCCAGUGCCAAGAAGAGUGUGCUUAUAGUGAAUACUAAUGCUGGUGGGCAUGCAGUUAUUGGCUUUUAUUUUGCUAAAGAGCUUUUGGGCUCUGGUCAUCAAGUUACCAUCAUGACUGUUGGUGAAGAGAGCUCUGAUAAGAUGAAGAAGCCGCCAUUCAGCAGAUUCUCUGAAAUUGUGAGUGCUGGUGGCAAGACAGUAUGGGGUAACCCCUCGGAUAUUGCGAAGGUUUUGGAGGGAUCAAGUUUUGAUGUGGUCUUGGAUAACAAUGGCAAAGACUUGGAUGCUGUCAGGCCUGUGGCAGAUUGGGCCAAGAGUUCUGGUGCAAAGCAGUUCUUGUUUAUUAGUAGUGCAGGAAUUUACAAGCUAGGUGAUGAGCUGCCUCAUGUUGAAGGGGAUGUCGUAAAAGAGGCAGGUCAUUUUGCGGUAGAGACAUACAUGUCCGAGAUUUUUGAGAAUUGGGCAUCAUUUCGUCCACAGUACAUGAUCGGAUCUGGUAACAACAAGGAUUGUGAGGAGUGGUUCUUUGAUCGCAUCGUUCGGGGCAGACCAGUUCUGAUUCCUGGAUCUGGGAUGCAACUAACCAACAUCUCUCAUGUGAAGGAUUUAUCUUCUAUGCUCACUCUGGCAGUUGAAAAUCCAGCUGCUGCAAGCUGCAAGAUCUUCAAUUGUGUGAGCGAUCGUGCUGUGACUCUGGAUGGAAUGGCCAAAUUAUGUGCUCAAGCCGCUGGCCUGCCUGUUGAAAUUGUUCAUUACGAUCCAAAAGCUCUUAGUUUUGAUGCGAAAAAAGCUUUUCCAUUCCGGAAUAUGCACUUUUACGCUGAACCAAGGGCUGCUAAGGACAUUCUAGGUUGGAGUUCCACUACAAACCUUCCGGUCGACUUGAAGGAGAGAUAUGAGGAGUAUGUUAAGAUUGGAAGAGACAAGAAGACUAUGACAUUUGAGUUGGAGGAUAAGAUUCUGGAAUCGCUGAAAGUACCAGUUGCUGUUUGAUAAGCUAAUCCAACAGUAAUCCAUCCUUUCUUUCUAAUGUGGGUGUGGGUGAUUCGUUGUCCUCGCUUUUUGUAACUUGCAUUGCCAUUUGUGGUUGUCAAGCUAUGUACCACAAUAUGGUCAUCAGAGUAAAUACAAGCAAAUUAUAUAUGCUAAUAAGCUUUUUAUUCUGUGUA